AUGGUGGGAUUGUGUUUGUGGACAGCAACGGAGAGCGAAACAGAAGUAGACGAUCUUGACAUUGAUGAAGAUGAAGCCGAGCAGGAACCGACAGUGGAUGUGAAAUGCUACCUCUACAUUCAAAUGCAAUAUUGCCGAGAGGGGACACUGGCAAAAUGGUUGAAAACCCACCGGCAACUGGCAAGUCGAAGCAUCGAGAACAUGUGGAACUGGUUUCGUCAACUGCUUCAAGCCAUCAAAUACCUGCACAGUAUCAAUCUUAUACAUCGUGAUAUCAAGCCACUGAACAUUUUCUUGGCCAAUCAGAACCAGCUGAAAAUCGGCGAUAUGGGACUUGUUUGUGAAGGAACGAGUUUUGAUAAUCCCGACGCAAGAAGAGAGCCUGAAGAGGGCAAGACGGAAGAUGUUGGCACAACACUCUACAUGAGUCCAGAACAGGUGAACCGCCAAAGCUACUCAAACAAAGUGGACGUGUUUGCAUUGGGAGUCGUCUUUGUGGAAAUCUUUUUCGACUUUGAAAAAGGAAUUCUUCCGGAGGAAUUGCGAGGGCAAGAGCUUAUAGCGCCAUAUACGAGUAAAGUGGGAUAUCUCGUGAGGGAAGUGUGCACAAUCGAUCAACGAAGAAGAUUGAAAUGUGCAGAACUGGUGAAAAAAUGGAACAAGUCACCAUUCCAAUCGACUGAUCCGAUAAGCCGUCCUCGGCCUCCUCACUCGAGCUCUCCAACAUCACCACUUCAUGCUCCAGCUCCUCCUCUAUCUCGCCCGGGUGUUCGUCUUCGUGGGACUGUCUCGGCUCCUCGCCUACAACAAGGACACAUUUUCUUGGAAAGAAUCACAUUUUCUAAUCGUUUUCUU